AUGCGGAGGGCGAACGCGGUGAGCUGGCAUCUGGCGGAUCCUCUGUUGACGACAUGGCAAGUUUGGAGGCAUGGGUACGGCGCCCACCCGCAAUGGGGUGCUUUGCUAAUGAACAUGGACAAACGAGGAUUAAGCGUCUACGGUGCAGAGGGCGUCGGAUCCCUCAGUACCGGCGCGGUGAGGAGUAGUCGACCAGGCUCCCCCGCGUCGUUAUCUUACGACUGGGAGAACCCCGGGGUGGACCACCAGGCCCCCGGGUUCAGCAAUGCGCCUGGUGAAGAGACGUCUGUAGCUGGGACCUCCUCCGCUGCGGCGUCUUCCAGCGUCAGGGUGCGCGAGGACGUGCUUCUCGCGCAGCCCGUCGUCCGGUUGGAGAGGGUGGAGGAGCGGGAGCUCCGCUCCGGCCGCCUCCUGGCGGCUGCAGACGCGUCCGGCACCGGCGCUGACUCCGACGGAUCAGACAGCUCGGUGUGGUCGGCGCGCUCCAUGCAGUCGCCGCUAAGGAGGAAGCGAGGUCGACCCCCUACUGCUGGGGAUUGUGCCGGCCUCGCCGACGCUAAGCGAAAGCCUAGCAAGAGGGAGCAGCGCCUGGCGAUGGACGUCGCGGACCAUUUAGUGUCCUCCGUCCAGAUCUCCAGGUCCUGCAAGCCCCUCAAGGGCGAAGAGGAGCUGGCGGCGGAGAUGCGCCACGCGCCGACCGCCGAACUCGGCUCUCGGAUUUUUGAGAGCUCGGAGGCGGUCCUGAGGGUUGCGAAAUGCUCCAACAACCUUCAGGGGCCGAUGGUCCGCCAGCUGCGGAUUGCAGCGGCCACCAUCAGACACGCUGCAAUCGAACAGGCGAAGCGUGUCAAGACCUCGGCCCGGGAGGUGGAGCUGGAGCGGACGGUCGCCGAGCUCAGGGCCCGCGUGACCGAGCUGGAAGCCCGGCUUGCGCGGGGCCCGGUCGCGCCUGCCGCGGUGCCGUCGGUGGCGCCGCCCGUCGAUCCGGCGGUAUCGGUGCCGGUGCCACCUUCGCAGGCGAGUGCGUCCUCGACGGCGAGGUCGAGUCGGCCUGCUGCCUCGAGGCCUGCGCCCGCCGGUCCGUCGCGGAAGCCUGCGAUGGGCGGCACGAUCCUCGCGCCGGACGUGGACGUCGAGGGCCUCAUCCGUCGCCUCUGCGGCGAGAUGGAGGUGCGCCUCGGGGCGCACCUGAGGGCGGUCUCGCUGGUGGCCGCCGCGAGCGGGGCUCCGCAGCGGGUGCCGCGGACCGCGCCGCCCCCUACUGCGGGUCCCUCCCAACCUGGUCCCUCGGCGGUGGGGAGCCGCCCCGGGACAGUCAGCGGGGAGCCCGCGAAAAAGAAGAGAGGCAGGAAGAGGAGCGGGAAGAAGCAAGCGGGUGGCGCCGCUGCCCAUCCUGCUCCGGCCUUGCCGGGCUGA